AUGGACCAAGUAAGUAUGAAUAACGUCUUAUGAUUAUUUAAACCAGCCCGGUCGAACGGAAAGUUAUCGUGUGGCCACGGCCAGUAAUGCGGUGGCCGAUCUAGAAACGUCCCCGCUCAAGCCUCCUGAUUCCAUCCCAAAAUCUACGGCCCCAGUAGUGGAAAGAACUCCCAUAGUUGCAACGGGAGCUAAAUGUCAAGAUGACAAAAAGAAGAAAAAAGAAGAUAAACUAGCGGAUCUCAAGAAGGAAGUGGAAAUGGAUGAACACAAGAUUCCUCUGGAAGAAUUGGUAUCCCGCCUGAAGACUGACCUUGUCAAUGGUUUAACAUCGGCCCAAGCAGAGGAGGUCUUCAAGAGGGAUGGUCCUAAUGCCCUGACUCCUCAGAAGGGCACACCCGAGUGGAUCAAGUUCUGCAAAAAUUUAUUUGGAGGAUUUGCCAUGCUCUUGUGGAUAGGUGCCUUCCUCUGUUACAUUGCUUAUGGCAUGGACUAUCUGUCAUUAGAAAACCCAUCUAAAGAUAAUCUUUACUUGGGUCUUGUAUUGAUGGGAGUUGUCAUCAUUACGGGAUGUUUCCAAUAUUACCAAGAAAGCAAGAGCUCCAAGAUAAUGGAAUCCUUCAAAAGUAUGGUGCCUACUGUAAGUCCCCCGAUACAGUGUAACAAUUUCUUAGUUUGCCAUUGUUUUCCGGGAUGGAAAAAGGAUCCAAAUGGCAACGGAAUCUCUUGUUGUCGGUGAUAUCGUAGAAGUUAAAGGUGGAGACCGUAUUCCUGCAGAUGUUCGCAUCAUCUAUGCGAUGGGCUUGAAAGUCGACAACGCUUCUUUGACAGGGGAAUCAGAGCCGCAGAGUAGGUCGACGGAAUGCACGAGUGAAAGACCGUUGGAGACACGAAACUUGGCAUUCUUCUCCACAAAUGCCGUUGAGGGAACUGGAAAGGGAGUAGUUAUCGGAACCGGAGAUCGUUCCAUCAUGGGCCGUAUCGCUCACUUGGCUGCAGACAUUGAGAGUGGGCAAACUCCAAUUGCAAGGGAACUGGAGCACUUUAUCCAUCUGAUCACCGGGGUUGCUGUCUUCUUGGGAGUUUCAUUCUUCUUCAUUGCAAUUAUUCUGGGCUACCAUUGGUUAACAGCUGUUGUCUUUUUGAUUGGAAUCAUCGUUGCAAAUGUGCCAGAAGGUGAGCCAGCCCCUAAUGUUUUUUAAAAACUGAUGUGUCGUUUAGGUUUAAUUGCAACUGUUACCGUUUGUCUUACCCUGACUGCAAAAAGAAUGGCGUCAAAGAAUUGUCUAGUAAAGAAUCUGGAGGCUGUGGAAACCUUAGGUUCAACCUCAACCAUUUGUUCGGACAAGACUGGGACCCUGACCCAGAACAGGAUGACGGUGGCCCAUGUUUGGUUCAACGAUGAGAUCAAGUCAUGCGAUACCAACGAAAACUAUUCAGAAGAUCAGAAAAGAGUUCCUGGUCAUACCGAGACCAAUCUGCUUCGUGUUGCCGCCUUAUGCAACCGUGCUGAAUUCAAACCGGACCAAGAUAAUGUACCCAUCUCAAGACGAGAAUGCACUGGAGAUGCGUCAGAAAUCGCUCUGCUAAAAUACACAGAGAUUACCGUAGGAAAUGUACCAGCGUACAGAAGAAAGAACCCAAAGAUGGCUGAGAUUCCUUUCAACUCCAAGAACAAAUAUCAACUUUCCAUACAUCAAGUCGACGAUGACAAAGGACUUCUGGUGGUUAUGAAAGGUGCUCCAGAGAGGAUUCUGGAUAAAUGUUCCACCAUUCUUCUUGAAGAUGGGGAAGUCGAAAUGACCGAAGAAAUCAAGAAACGAUUUAACGACGCGUAUCUCGAGCUGGGUGGAAUGGGCGAGAGAGUUCUUGGAUUCUGUGACAGUCGUCUAGAUGCUUCAGAAUAUCCUUUGACAUUCAAGUUUGAUGUGGAAGAUGUCAAUUUCCCCAUAAGCAAUUACCGUUUUGUUGGUCUUAUGAGUAUGAUUGACCCACCAAGAGCUGCGGUACCCGAUGCGGUUGCAAAGUGCAGAUCGGCCGGGAUUAAGGUUGUCAUGGUCACCGGAGACCACCCUAUCACCGCCAAAGCGAUCGCCAAGUCUGUUGGUAUUAUAAGCGAAGGAUCGGAGACUGUAGAAGACAUCGCCAUCAGAAGAGGAAUUGCUAAGGAGGAUGUUGAAGAGAACGAAGCAGCCGCGGCAGUCAUCCAUGGCUCCGAUCUAGAAGGCAUGGAUUCGAAUCAACUUCUGGAAACAAUCAACAAACAUUCUGAAAUUGUGUUUGCCAGAACAUCACCCACCCAAAAGUUGCUGAUUGUAGAGGCUUUCCAAAAACAAGGUCAGAUUGUCGCUGUGACCGGAGAUGGAGUCAACGAUUCCCCCGCCCUCAAGAAAGCUGAUAUUGGUGUGGCUAUGGGGAUUACUGGAUCUGAUGUAUCCAAGCAAGCCGCGGACAUGAUAUUGUUGGAUGACAACUUCGCUUCGAUUGUGGUUGGCGUGGAGGAGGGCCGCCUAAUCUUUGACAAUCUCAAGAAAUCCAUUGCCUACACAUUGACUUCCAAUAUCCCCGAGAUCUCUCCCUUCCUCACCUACAUCUUAUUUGGAAUCCCUCUGCCUCUUGGUACAAUUACAAUUUUAUGUAUCGAUUUGGGUACCGAUAUGGUGAGUCGAUCUUGAUUAAAAGCAUUUAAAAUUUUAAUUUCUGUCUUAUAUAGUAGUCGGCAACGGUGCAUAAGGUUUCUAAAAUAUUUGCAAAUAUUUUCAGUACCCUUACAUUUGUAAAAAAGUGUAUUUUUUGUGAUUUUUACUGUUUUCCUUAACUAGUAUAGUAGUGUAAAGUAGUAACUGUUUGCUUGUUUAUUAAUAUUGUUUUCACAGGUAAUCGAGGAUAUAAAUUUUUUUACGAUUUUUACAAUUUUCCUUAUUUAAGUAGUACUGUAAAGUAGUACUUUUUUUAAAUUUUCUUGGGUAACAGUGUUUCUAUAGGUAAUUAAUGGUGCCGACUUUAGAAAUCUGCCCAUUAUGGACGGACACGUACAAAAAUAUAAUCAUAUAUUUUUUAACAGGUGCCAGCAAUUUCCCUUGCCUACGAAGAGGCCGAAUCCGAUAUCAUGAAGAGAAGGCCCCGAGAUCCUUUACGCGACAAACUUGUGAAUGAAAGGUUGAUCUCCCUCGCAUACGGUCAGAUUGGAAUGAUUCAAGCGUCAUCUGGAUUCUUCAUCUACUUCUGCAUCAUGGCUGAUAACGGAUUCUAUCCAUCCAGAUUGUAUCAAAUACGUUCGGAAUGGGAUUCAAUGGCAGUGAACAAUCUGAAGGACGACUAUGGCCAAGAGUGGACAUAUGCUAAUAGGAAGAUUUUGGAACACACUUGUCACACGGCUUACUUUGUGUCUAUCGUGAUCGUCCAAUGGGCCGAUUUAAUCAUUUCGAAAACUCGGCGUAACUCUUUAGUUCAACAGGGAAUGUCUAAUUGGGCAAUGAACUUUGGAUUACUCUUCGAAACAGCGUUGGCUGCUUUCUUAUGUUACUGUCCGGGACUCGAUGUGGCCCUGCGUAUGUAUGGAUUACGGUAAGAAAACGUAUUACAAAAUAACCCCUAUUAUUUCUAGCUUCUCCUGGUGGUUAUUGCCUCUUCCAUUCUCAAUCUUGAUUUUCGUAUAUGAUGAAAUUCGUCGUUAUCUAAUCAGAAGAUACCCGGGCGGAUGGGUGGAACGAGAAACCUACUAUUAA